AUGGAUCAACUCACCCAUCAUCUGCUCCAAAAGGAAGUCGACAAGUUCAUUGACUCAAUUGAGCAAUCGUUGGUCUGCAAGUUAGCUUCCUCCUUGCAUCCUGAGAAGAAGCCAUGCCAGAUCUUCUCAGACCCAAAGAAAGGGAGCUUUAAUAUCACCUUUCCGGUUGAGUUUACAGACCAUACUCCCAGUGUCGAGUCGGCUCGUAGUCCUGAACGAUGGGUUAUCCGAAUCCCCCUGCUUCCACGACUCGCGUUUCCUGAGGAGAAGAUGCGAGGUGAGAUUGCAACGAUGAAGUAUAUCGCGGAGAAAACUACCAUUCCUAUCCCACGCAUAUUUGGAUACUCUAUCAAGCAAGAUAGCCUACUUGGUUUUCCCUUUCUGGCGAUGGAAUACAUUGCGGGCAAAACUCUCCAUGGAACGAUGGUGCCGGACCUGGCGGAAGAGCUUCGUUUACAUCUGUUUGACCAGCUUGCCGAUAUCUACAUCCAGCUUCAUGGCCAACAAUUCAAUCACGUCGGCGCGCUCACGCUCGAUAGUAAUGAUGAGAAAUGGGUAUUUGAACAUAACCGCCCACUAUCUAUUGAGCUGAAUGACCAGGAACUCAGCGGGAUGAAGAGUUCCAAGAUCAUUCCCCCUCACCAGACCUAUUGCUCCACCAUUGACUAUGCCUACGCUAUCUUGAAAUUGGUUUUUAAUGACUUCUACCUGGGAAAAGAUAGUGUUUCCAGCGAGGAAGAUGCACGGUGCUAUCUGUACGGCAUAUUUGCAUCUCAGGGCAUUGUGAUGGAAUGGGUUGAUCAAAAGAGCAACCACGGACCAUUCAUUCUCAUGCAUGGUGACCUUCGGCCUCCUAAUAUUUUCGUGGACGACAAUCUGAACAUUAUCUCAGUCAUUGACUGGGAGUGGAGCCACACUGUUCCGCCACAAAUGUUCCUCCCCCCUUCCUGGAUUACAGGACACGAGCUUCCGACCGCCACUAAACGGCCACACAGCUUCUUUUUUACAACAGAUGUUUUCCUGUUCGGGCUAACUGCGAGUAAACGGGAAAACAAACAUUAUAAUCCGGACAAGAAACCGGAAGUUUUCCUCCCUCUGACUAUGCUCUGGAACAAGCAUCUGACGUCAGAUAGAAUGUACGUCGCCUACGCGCUCCUAAAGCCAUGCUAUCUUGGUAAUGUUUACUGGAAUUAUUUGGACAAGAGAUACUGUGGAGAAGACAGUGAUAAGAGAGUGGAGAAAUUUUUUCAACUCCAGCUGCGGAAUCUUCAAGUAGGGGAUGUGCGGAAAGUGCUAUCUAACCUCGAGGCUUUCAGGAAAGAGUUAGCCCUAGCAGGAUUAGAGCCAACUAAAUCAACCAGUGCCUCGACGGCCGAGCCAGCCAAACCAAAAGACCUGGAUAUCCCGCCAACAAAUGUCACUAUACGCCGAGUAUGGGGGAUUUCCAACAUUGAAAGAAUUGCCGGCUCCUUCGCUCAUUGGCUGCCCUGCUCUCUGUUUAGUCAGAUCAAUCGCCUGCUGCAAACCCUCGAUCCUGUUUUGGACCUCCUGCAAGUCCGUCUCAUGCUGCUCUAUCUCUUCCUCAACACUCAUUACCUGUCCACGGUUGCGAUUGUCCCGUGA